CAGCGGAUCUGGAGCCACUGCGCUAGUCAGAGCACAAGUUGGCGAACUUGUUGCGAUUCGCAAUGUGCAAGUCGCGGCGCGAAUGAAUUUAAACGUGGGCGAAAAUGGCCUUGGGACUCCCAUUAACCUCCUCACUCCGAACUCGAAAAACAGGUAAAACCGUCCUGAGUCUUCCUGUUGGAUUAAACGCUGACAUUUGAAUGUCAGUGCCGCGUAUGCGCUCGUGGCCACAUCGUUACGUCUCGUGUAUGAGUUUUUAAAAAGUGACUUUUGUUGUUCGCGAGUAGCCAUGGAUAACUGUGGGAAGGCGCUGGAGAAAAACCCAGCGGAUCUCACUAUCAUGGAUGUUUACGACAUCGCCGCCGUGAUGGGCCAGGAGUUCGAGAGAAUAAUCGAUCAGUACGGCUGCGAGUCCCUGACCCGUAUCAUGCCAAAGGUAGUGCGGGUUCUAGAGAUUCUGGAGGUGCUCGUGGGUCGCAACAACAUGAGCGCGGAGACCGAGGAGCUGCGCAUGGAACUGGAACGGUUGCGACUGGAGAGACGCGAUCGCUUGGAACGUGAGAAAAGGCACCAAAAGGAGCUGGAGCUGGUGGAAGAUGUGUGGAGAGGGGAGAGCCAGGAGCUGCUGUCCCAGAUAGCGGAGCUUCAGGCCCAGAACAAGAGCCUGAGCAGCAGCCUGGCACUACGGGACAACCCUGAGGAGCAGGACCGAAUACAACAGGACGCUCUGUCGGAGAGGGAGCAGCAGGCCUUGUGUCAGCUGAGGCAGGUGGUGGAGCAGCAGAGGAGCCAGAUCCAGGCCAGAGAGCACGAGCUCACACUCAAGAGCGAAGACCUGGAGGCACUGCAGUUGCAGCAGCAUCGUCUGAUGCGUAUGAACCAGGAACUGCGUCACCGCGUGGGGCUGGUGGAGCAGCAGGGCAAGGCGGUGAUCCAGCAGAGGGCCCAGCUGGAGGCCGUGGCCCAGACACAGCAGCUGGAGCUGGGGGAGCUACGGCAGGAGCUGACCCGACUACGCCACGACCAGCAGCAACAGCUGGAGCUCCAGCUGGAGGUGGAGGCCACAGCGUUGAUGAGUACUCCCAGAGCUACACCGCGCACACGCGGCAGACGCAAUAAGGCCCAGCAGCAGAAGCAGCAGGGCAAGGCGGACCCGGCCAAGAAACCCCAGUCGUCGUCCCCCGAAGCUGCAUCCGGAGCGUGCUCAGUCGAGACUUCUCUCUGGGUGGAGUGCGGUAUGGAUCAGGACUUCCUGUCUCGGUGCUGUGGGCCAGAGGAAAGCCCCGCCCCCGCCUCUGUGAGCAUCUCCGCCCCCGAGUCUGCAGACUCCCCAGCGUCACCUGUGUGUCGUCUUCCGCUCAGCAACGUGGAAGACGAGGCGCUGUCGGACCUCCUAUUGGAGGCGCUAAAGGAAGAAGAGGAUGCAGGUGAUGAUGAGGAGGAGGAGGAGGAGGAGGACAGAGGGAGUGAGGGGGAGGGGAGGUGGAGCGCGGAGUGGAAGGAGAGCAGCCAGCCGCGCUUUACCCUGGACGACCUGCAGGAGGUGCUGCAGGAGAGGAACGAGCUCAAGGGCCAGCUCUUCAUGCUGCAGGAGGAACUGGCCUACUACAAGAGUGAGGAGCAGGAGGAGGCGCUGGCUGCCAUGAGUCCGCUGCCUCUACCGAGCCCCUGCCUCCCCCCCGCCGAGCAGCAGGAGUCCGGCAUCAAGCGCCUGAUCUUCACUGCUGUGAUGCCGAUGGUGGCUGCAGGGUUAAUUAGCGACGAUCCCACACUGCUGCCCAUCAGAAGACUCAUCUCAUUUGUACGGCAUUCCACGCACGUUUGAUCAUCUCACAGGGAAAUCACAGAGGAGUAGCCAGACGAGAGAAGAGCAGCAUGGAUGCACUUCAGAUUAGAAGAAGGAUCAUGGAUGUGAUUCAGAGGAGACGUCUCUGUCCUUUCAGACUUCAGGAUGAUCUUUAUCAUUAUUGACCGUCCUCAAUAGACUUCAGAGAUGCCCUACUACAUGGACAGUUUUAACUGUUACGCUGCACCUUUCCCCGAAAUCAAUGUGCUCAAAUCUGAACACAGCUUUUAUUGAGAUAUUUUAAGCAGGAAAGAUUUUAUUUAUUUUAUUAUUAUUAUUAUUAUUAUUAUUAUUUUGUUAUCAUUGUUAUUUGUUUGAAUGUUUUUAAAUGUGAUGCAGCACUACAUAUAGUUCAGUCACCAACUCCUUUUACGGUAAAUCUCCUAAUAGCAGUCUUAUGGCCCUAUUCUUCCAUUCAACAAUUCCAAUAGGCUCUGAUUUUAGGAGGUUUACUUCACUGAAGUCACUACACCACCGACUUGGAGUGACUCCCUGGAGGAAAUUAGGAUGACUGCGUAAAAAAGCACUAAUAGAAUUGCAUAUAGAUGUGUAUAUAU